AUUACCCUUAGGCUAUGUCAAAGGCUGACAAAGUUGAAUGCCCUGAUAAAUUUGUAAAAACAAUUAUUUAAAAUUAUAUUGUACCAUGAAUUCCGCUAGCAAUUUUCGCUAGCAGAGCCGAGUGAAUUACAGUUCUUGUGGGCUUUUGCGACAUCAUAGAAAAUUCUGACCUAUUAUCAUGAGUGAGACCAACAAAAAGAUGCAGCUAGAGCUGCUCAUGGAAAAGCUAAGGCACAAAACAAGCCACCUAAAUUUAACAGAUAGCGCCAAAACUUUUCGAAUGACAAUAUUGGAAAAACGCUAUAACAAUGAUACAGUGGAAAAAUUACAGUACCAAAAAUGUCUCGAUCUGUUGCAAACCAACAUGAAAGUCACCUCAUUGCAGUCAAUGCUUGAAAGGCUGGAAAGCAUAUCUAGACAAGCAGGGUUAAAAUUUACAGCUGAUGGUUCAGGCCGAGCAUUUUUCAUUUCUUCAGAUAUGUUCUAUCUUGAAGUAAUUGUUGAACAAGGUGGCUCGGUUUGUGAAGUACAUAUUCAACAUGAAGGGAAAAGUGAGCCCCAAACAUGUAAUGAAAUUGCUGUCUGUCUGAACUCUGGAAAUUUUUCAAAAUUUACCAACCACCUUCAGGGCUUGUGUGCCAUUUAUCAAGUGAGUGCAGAUAAGAAGCUGAAAGCCAAAGCUUUUGCUGCUUUAAGUGCGCUAGAAUUAGACCUGGGUUCAAUGUCAAAACUUCAAGUUUACAGGCAAGACAUUGCCACACUUGUUCACAAAUCACCCCUUGGCAUUGUAAUGCAAAGAGUAGGAGGAUUGCCACUCACCCUUACCUACUUUCUUUCUCCCUACGACCUCGUGAAUGUGCAAUCUCCAACACUCACCAUGACACUGGACAAAAUCCUCGAGAAAAAUGCUGGACUUUCUUGCACGAUUGGAAUUGACAGCGCUAACAAUUAUCAGCUACCGAUUUCACCACUGUUCUCUGUCACCCGAAACUCAGACGGGGAAAGCGUGCCUGCGUUCUCACCUCUUAACGCUGUUAAUAGUGCAUCCUUACCGGCAACUUUUGUUCUACGUAUGCGUGACCCAUUAGUACUGUGUUUUUCAUUUGCCCAGCAAAUAAAGUCUAUUACUGGAAUGGAAGUAGGAAACUGGGAUCAACCUGAAUAUUUAUUUUGGUCUUUGAUCAAAACGGUAUCAAAAGGUCUCAUAGAAUCCUCUGGAAUUGAAGACGGGAUCUGUCGGGCGCUUCAUGUGACUUUACCUGAUCAGCAGCAUAGCUAUUUUAUCACUGAAAGCGAAGAUACUGCGUUGAAGUGUUGCUCUGUUAGCUCCAUUCCAUUUAGUCAUCCGUCACAUGUACCGCAAAUUCUUGCCAUUCUCAGAAGACAAGGGCUGCUAAACGCGCUGCUUUCGUCGUGCAUUCGCCCCAAAAGUCAAUCGGACUCGGAUGCUGCAUUGACUUUUGAAAUCAAUUCAAUUGCUCUUGACCACAUGUCUGUAACAUUUGAACAUCCGCUUUUAGAGCAGAUGUGCUCCGUGGAAAUUGAUUUAGGCAUGGAUCCUACUUGUAUACGAUGCAGUCUGUUUGGAGCUGAGGAUGAGAGGACAUCAAGCGACGAAUAUGCUACGCGAGUGUUACAGCGGUGCUUAUCCAUUCCAGUUACAAUGCGAGCUAUUUUGCGUCAGAUGCAGUCUCCGUCUUCACGGUGGGCAAAUGGACCUGGAGACCCUCAAGGAUCAUUUGAACGACGUUUUCAGACGCACAUCAACGGGGAUUCAGAUUCCCACACCGGAUCCAAUGGGCAGUAUGGCAACCCAUCGUUUACAGGCGGAAGCGGUGGCGGAGGAUUCGAUGGUGGCCAUUCACCCAGAACCCACAACAUUGGAAAUAGCGACGUCAUGAUGCAUCAGUCGAUGUCAAACCCUCAUGCAUCAACUCCAAAAGAAACCGAGAACGAGUCUUUCAAUGGAGAAAUGGAGCAGCCAGGGGAAGUAGUCUCUCUUGCCGAAGAUGGUACAUCAGCGAACCGAAGUAAAGGUCAGUUUCUUCCGGCGUCCGAAGCGAGAUCUUCUACUUCUACACUAGGGAAUGCUGAUCUUACAAAAUAUAGUGUCAACUCUCAUUCAUCGGAUUCAAUACUGGGCAUUACUUUGAACAAUUCCUCGACGCAGUUCAACCCGGUUCGUAGACUCAACAACGAUGUAUCUUUGAAAUCUGAGACGGUGGACAUGGAGGUCAGCGUACUGGAACCUACGACAGAGAAUAACCAAAGUGUUACAGAAGAUGCUGAUUCCCUGUCGUCGAACGAUGCAGUUGCAUCUCUAUUGAACGUCUCAAAGAAUAGAGAGUCACCAUCUCCGAAAAACAAAUCUGCUUACCCGUCUGUCAGCAUCACACCCGUAACUUCCUUACACACGAGUUCGCUCGCUACCGCUUAUCCAAACAUUAACUUGGAACGACGGCCCGGAAUUGAGAUCAUUCCUUUCAGCAAAGAUCAGUCCUCGAGUAUCCCAAGCUCGCUGACCAUCACUCCGGUAGGGGGUAAACCGGCCAAGGAUAAGAGCAAGUACAAGGAUUUCCGCUUGAAAGAGAGUCUCAGCGCUCCUGAUUCCGACACGAAGGAGAGGGAUCGCGAAAAGGAACGAGAAAGGAAAGAAAGGAAACGCCGACGAGAAGGAGAAAAAUCGCCUUCAAGUGGCAGUGGGGGAAAACCAACAAAGAUGAUGAGCCUAAGUGCUACCCUAAUGGGGCCACCCGGAGCUCUAUUGAAAUUGGAUUCCAGUCCGAAACUAAGCCAUAAAAAUAAUAGCAGUGGAAGUAACAGCGGAUCUACACCACCCGCAAAUACCAACCAGAGCCCUCUAACUUCCCCUUCAAAAUCCAGCAGCAAAAGUUCGACGCCAUCCAGCAGCCCUAAACACCCUAGUUCUGGCGGUAAGCCAUCAAUGUCAGCUCUGUCAAUGUCGGCUCUGAAAUCUGCUGCAUCCUUAUUCACAGGUUCAACAUCGCCGUCUUCAAAAUCAAAGAAGAGCAAAGACAGAGAUCGCGAAAGAAGUGACAAGGACCGAGACAGAGACAAGGAUCGAGAACGAGAUCGCGACAAAGACCGAGAUCGGGACAGAGAAAGAGACAAAGAUCGAUCGAGAGAUCGCGAAAAAAAAUCGCGUACACCGACUCCAACAUCCAAUCACCAUAGUCGUGGCCCACCUUUGCUCAAGACCAAGUCGCUUGAUUUCGCCUUAGCCGUUGAAGACAAAUCGGAAGAAACCAAAGAGGACAACAGUUUCGAUUCCAUUCUAGCCCUGGCUACGGCUAACAGCGAAAUGUUGCCAUCUCAACUGGAUUUGCAAAGCUCUAUUCAUGCGGUCACCCAGGAGCUUCUAUCCUUCUCACCUCCAACCCUGUCCGAUUCUGAAAAUGGCAAGGUUAGUGGUAGCACUGGGUUGCCAGCGGACGGUUCGAUGUCGUGUCCGUCUUCGGGCAAUCCUAACAAAUCACCUUUACGAUCAAGAAAAAGUUCGCUAUCGGCCGUCAUAGAUAAGCUUCGGUUGCAACAUAAUCCAGAAUCGGACGUUUUUCAGAACAGCGGGCCCAAGUAUAGUGCUGAUCCAGCAUCGAGGAUGGAACAAUCAGAGCAGGGUCGUUCCAGCUUCAUGGAUGAGUUAAUGGAAGAAAGUGAUUCAUCUGCCAGUCCAAAGACUAACGAUGUCGAGGACAAUAUGCAUUUCAAUAGGAUCCAUUCGGGUAGCAAUUCUCCAAAUGAUCCAUUUUCUCAGGAAGACAGUGGCAUUAACGAGACGACUGACGCACAUGAAGGGGAAUUUAACGGAGAUUCUUUGCCUGACAAGGAGUUCGUUAAACCGUUCCCGCCUCCUUCCUCUCGCGGAACAUACGGUAUUCGACAACACGGGUACCUGUCGAAUUCGGAGGCUGAUCUGAAUCCUAACUCGCCAUCCGUAUCUGUACACAUUGUAAAUGUUCCUUCUCCUCUAGCUUUACAGCAAACGAGAUCUCCUUUAGCCAAUCAACUUGCUCUUGUUACGGCCGCUAGCGGCGGACCAUCACCAGCGUCGAGUACCUCUCAAAGCUCGCCGUGCAUGAUUGAUGACGACCUAAUGGAUGAAGCCCUAGUCGGCCUUGGGAAAUGAUCAAUGCCAACACUUGUCUCGAGUUGGAAAAUAAACUCAAGUACAUCAAA